AUGUCUCCUUGCUCAGUACCAGUCGACUUCACCAAAACGAUAGACCUCUCAAACGUCAAAGACAAGACCGCGUUGAUCACAGGCGGGGCGAGUGGAAUAGGAGCUGGAAUAGCACGAGCUCUAACAGAAGCUGGGGCAUGCGUUGUGAUCGCGGACAUCAAUGCAGAGGCAGGCAAACAGCUCCGCGAGGGUCUCGUUGGAGAGGGCUUCAAGUAUGUCUUUUGCAGCAUCUCGAUCGAUGGUGCCAUUGUUGCUGGUCGUUGUAGGGCACAGUUCGUCCACGUAGACGUAACACAAUGGACCUCGCAGGUCCAGGCUUUCAAGUACGCCCUCGAGCAUUCACCCACGAAAUCCAUCGACAUCGUCAUUGCGUGCGCCGGAAUCUCCACAGGCCCUAUGCUCCAAGACGCCCCCUUCACAACACCAGAUGACUCCUCAGAGGACCCGGCCGCUCCCAAAAACCAAAUCGCCAUGAUCAACGUCAACCUCAUCGGCGCCAUCUACACCUCAACCCUCGCAAUCGACUACUGGCGUCGAAACCAGCAGCCCACUCCCGACAACACCCUCCUAAUCGUCGCUUCCAACAUCGCCUACUUCCCUCCACCAGGCUUCAGGCUACGCCGCCUCCAAAUGGGGUGUGCGAGGUUUCUGGAAAUCCCUCAGAGGCACGCCCGAGUUCUCCACACUGUUCAGGACGAAUCUCCUCGCGCCGCAUCUCACGCGAUCGCCCAUGACGGCGGCGCUGCAGCCGAUUUGCGAUGA